AUGGUCCAGAAUAUCCCAGAAGAGGUCGCUCUCGAUACUUACAACAAUGACAACGAAUAUCACCCCUCGGACAAGGAUACUGUUCACGAGAAACACGAAGAGCAAGAGAUGGAUUCUCGUUCGGCGGCUUCGGGGAAAACUGAGUCAGAGAGGAUUAUGACUUCUUCGGAGGGAAAAAAAGAUAAGGGUCCUGCAACCUAUCAGCUGAUCUUCAUUACUAUUGCUCUGGUACUCGCUGUAUUUUGUGUCUCACUGGUGAGCAAAUAUGAAUCCACUCCUAGAGAUAAUACAAUUGUCGCCACCGCAAUUCCCUCCAUCACGGAAUACUUUCACGCCCUAGACGAUGUUGGCUGGUAUGGAAGUGCCUAUAUGCUCACUAACUGUGCGUUUCAACUCCUUUACGGUAAAAUCUAUUCUUCCUACAGCACGAAAUGGGUCUUUCUCAUAAGCUUGGGAAUCUUCGAGAUUGGAUCUUUGGUAUGCGGCGCUGCUCCUUCAUCUACAGCUCUCAUUCUGGGUCGAGCGGUGGCUGGCCUAGGGGGAUCGGGCAUCACAACUGGAGCUUUCCUUAUUAUUUCACAAACUGUUCCACUUGAAAAACGUCCCAUAUACACCAGUGCAGUUACCAGUGUCUUCGCUGUUUCCAGUGUGCUUGGUCCAGUACUAGGUGGUAUCUUUGCCGAUCGCCUCUCGUGGCGUUGGUGCUUCUACAUCAAUCUUCCUUUCGGAGGUGUCACGGCUUUGUUCCUGUUUUUCCUGGUGAAACCGCAGAAGGAAAAACUUCCCGGAAUUACCUCUCUUCAAGACCUGAGAAAAUUCGAUAUUCCUGGUACUAUAGUCUUUCUUCCCGGCAUCGUAUGCUUACUUUUAGCCCUUCAGUGGGGUGGCUCCAAGUAUCCAUGGCAUAACUGGCAUGUUAUCGUGACCUUUGUCAUGGGUGGUGUAUUGAUUUGUGCGUUCAUCCUCAUUCAAUACUGGCAGCAAGAGAAUGCCACUCUUCCACCUCGAAUCAUCAAAAAUAGAAACGUCUGGGGUGCGUGGCUCUAUAGUUUCACCAUCUUAUCGGCCAUGUUCGUUGUCGUUUACUAUGCAAGUUCCCCCUCUCCAUUUGAACCUCAUCUUUAA